AAAAAAGAAAAAAAGAGGAAGCAUCGGAGACCAAACUAAAAAACUAAAAAAAAGGCCAACUCCGAAAAGCCUUAACAUGGUCAACCAACGCAACCCACAUGACUUUAUAAACACCCAAAUGAACCAACAUCUAUAGACUUGCAUCAAUUUUCACUUUGAAUCUCAUCUUUGCCGAUACUGCUUGCUAUUUUUCAGAGAAAGUUACUUCUAGAUAUGGGGAAUACAGAAUCUAAUGAAAAUCCUAAUGAUGACUUUCUUCAUGAACCCCACCAUCAAACCCAUCAAAACUUCCAUGAACCCCCCCACCAAACCCAUCAAAACUUCCAUGAACCCGAUAACCAAACUUAUCAAACCUUUCAUGAAGCUCUCCACCAUACCCCUUCACAUGCAGGCAGUUCAAUGGAGCACAACCAUCGACAUAAGCAUCACUCAACAGCUCGCAUAGCUGAUAACUUUGACUCUCUGGAUGAGGUUAUUUCUGCGCUAAGAGAAGCUGGCCUUGAAUCAUCAAACUUAAUCCUUGGUAUAGACUUCACAAAAAGCAAUGAGUGGACAGGCAAACGUUCAUUCAAUAGGAAAAGCCUUCACUCUAUUGGUAGCAGACCUAACCCUUAUGAACAAGCAAUUGCUAUAAUUGGUCGUACAUUGUCCCCUUUCGAUGAAGAUAACCUAAUACCUUGUCUUGGAUUUGGAGAUGCAUCAACACAUGAUCAACAUGUUUUCAGUUUUUUCCCUGAUCAUCGACCUUGUCAUGGUUUUGAAGAAGCUCUCAGGCGAUAUAGAGAGAUAGUUCCACACUUAAAGUUAUCAGGGCCAACAUCAUUUGCCCCGAUAAUUGAUGCAGCAAUUAAUAUCGUUGAAGGAAGCAACGGGCAAUAUCAUGUUCUUGUCAUCAUUGCAGAUGGGCAGGUUACCAGAAAUCCUGAUACACCACCUGGAAGGUUCAGUCCUCAAGAACAAGCAACUGUAAACUCCAUAGUUGCUGCUAGCCAAUAUCCUCUUUCAAUUAUUUUGGUUGGAGUUGGUGAUGGACCAUGGGAUUCCAUGCAGCAGUUUGAUGAUAACAUUCCUCAGCGUGCAUUUGACAAUUUUCAGUUUGUCGACUUCACAAAGGUCAUGUCUGAGAACUCAGAAACAUCAAAAAAGGAAGCAGCAUUUGCACUUGCUGCUCUCAUGGAAAUUCCAUUUCAGUACAGGGCCACCCAAAGCUUACAUUUUAAUAGAGAACAUAUAGGUGGUCCAGGUCAUCGUACAAGGCCACUUCCACCUCCACAACAAGUGAUUGAUUAUGAUAAUUCUGUCAAAUCAGUGCUACAUGACUUGAAUACAUCUGAGCCAACUGCACCACCGGAACAGUUCUGUCCGAUAUGCCUGACAAAUCCAAAGGAUAUGGCUUUUGGAUGUGGCCAUACAACCUGCAAGGACUGUAGCGUCACAAUUUCAACAUGCCCAAUUUGUCGAGAGCCAAUAACAACACGCCUGAGACUUUAUACUUAAAGAGAGUAGCAUGUCGCUUACCAGAGAUGAAAAAUGAGAGCGGUGUAGCAUGUCGCUUACCAGAGAUGAAAAAUGAGAGCGGUGUGAAAUGUACAUUUUUGUAACAUUCACAAGUUGACGUGCCAAUGAAAUUAUCAUUUCAGAUGAAAAGAAAUAGGGGAAUUAUGCCAUAAGCUGCUAUGACAAUUUCUUGUCUGUAAAAUUAUUUCCUAGUGGCUUCCUAUGGUUGCAAUUUCAUUCAUUGUAUUGUUUUGUAUUGUGAUUUUGUGCUGAAAAAAUUUGAGCCAGAAAUCGUUGAGUUUCAAGUCUUUUCUGAUGAAAA